AAUCCGCUACAGAGAGUACCAAGCCGACACAGAGGCUCGGCAGACUCAGCUGGUUCCCGUGUAUUCGCACAUGCGCAGUGCUUAUUAGCGGUGUGCUGCGUGACCUUUAACCCGACAGCAGCUGUGCAAUGGUCUGUGGUGGAGUGCACAUAUCAGAUACAUGCACUGUGGUCCAGGCUUGUCUGGGGUGGAUCUUGCUGCUACAUCAAAAGAUCAAAG